GUCACCGAGUUGCAAGCCAGUAUGACACAUCAGCUGGAGAUUCUACAUCAGACUUCUGAAGCUGCUCUAGACCGCUUGAAAACUGAGCACGCUGACGCGAUUAAAAACAUGCUUAGAGAACAGGCCGAGGCUUUGGAGACAGCCCAACGCGACUUGGCGCUAAAGCAUUGUCAUCAAACUGAGGUGCUAACUGGACAACUGGAGGCAAUGGUCAGUCUUAUAAUCAAGCCUCCCAGACAACAUGUCUCUUUUGGCUAG